AACCAAACCAAACUUCCCUAUUCAUCUUUACCUUGCGUCUCUCUCUCUCUCUAUACUCAACUCACAACUACUCCGGCUACUUCUCCGAGCAAACAUGACUACGCAAGCGCCGGAGACGUCGUCGAAGCAAACCAGUGUUCAUGAUCAUGAUCAUGUUCAAGUUACUACUGCUACUACUACUAAGAGAGUGCUUCCGAACUUUCUUCUAUCAGUGAGGCUCAAGUACGUGAAGCUUGGAUAUCACUACCUCAUCUCCAACGCCAUGUACAUCUUACUCGUCCCGCUUCUCAUGGUGGCUUUUGCUCAUCUCUCAACCCUAACCGUGGAGGACUUGGCUAAUUUAUGGGACCAGCUCAAGUUCAACUUCGUCUCCGUCACCGUCUGCUCCGGCCUCAUAGUCUUCUUGACCACCGUCUACUUCACCACCCGGCCGAGGAAAGUGUACCUGGUAAACUUUUCAUGCUACAAACCUGAGGACGAGCGCAUGUGCACUCGGGAGAUCUUCAUGCACAGGUCCAAGCUCACGGGGAGCUUCUCCGACGACAACCUAGCGUUCCAGAAAAAGAUUCUGGAACGCUCCGGCCUUGGGCAGAACACGUACAUGCCCGAGGCCGUGCUGAGGGUUCCGCCGAACCCGUGUAUGGCGGAGGCCAGGAAGGAGGCGGAGAUGGUCAUGUUUGGGGCGAUUGAUGAGCUGCUGGAGAAGACGGGAGUGAAGCCUAAGGAUAUUGGGAUUCUGGUAGUGAAUUGCAGCUUGUUCAAUCCGACGCCGUCUCUGUCCUCCAUGGUUGUGAAUCAUUACAAGCUAAGAGGGAACAUUGUGAGCUACAAUCUUGGCGGGAUGGGUUGCAGUGCUGGCCUCAUUUCCAUUGAUCUUGCCAAGCAGCUUCUGCAGGUGCACCCUAACUCAUAUGCCCUAGUGGUCAGCAUGGAGAACAUAACCCUCAAUUGGUACUUUGGCAAUGAUCGCUCUAUGCUCCUCUCCAACUGCCUCUUCCGGUUGGGCGGUGCUGCCAUCCUCCUCUCCAAUCGCUCAUCUGACCGCCGCCGCUCCAAGUACCAACUCAUGCACACUGUCCGAACCCACAAGGGCUCAGACGACAGGGCGUACAACUGUGUUUUCCAAAAGGAGGAUGACACCAAAAGAAUUGGUGUCGCCCUCUCAAAAGACCUAAUGGCCGUAGCCGGAGAGGCCCUCAAAACGAACAUCACUACACUCGGCCCUAUUGUCCUACCCAUGUCAGAACAGCUCCUGUUUUUCGCUACUCUAGUGGCAAGAAAGGUGUUCAAGAUGAAGAAGAUCAAGCCCUACAUCCCUGAUUUCAAGCUGGCAUUCGAGCAUUUCUGUAUCCAUGCCGGUGGGAGAGCAGUGUUGGAUGAGAUGGAGAAGAACCUUGAGCUCAGCGAUUGGCACAUGGAGCCUUCAAGAAUGACACUAAACAGGUUUGGAAACACUUCUAGCAGUUCAUUGUGGUAUGAACUGGCUUACUCUGAGGCUAAGGGAAGAGUGAGGAAGGGUGAUAGGAUGUGGCAGAUUGCAUUCGGGUCAGGAUUCAAGUGUAACAGUGCUGUGUGGAGGGCCUUGAAGACUGUUAAUCCAGCAAAGGAGAAGAAUCCCUGGAUUGAUGAGAUUCAUUUGUUUCCUGUUGAGGUGCCUAAAGUUGCAGCCAUCAAAACUACUUAGUUGACGUACUGAAACCGCACAUUUGUUUGGGGAGAGACAUUGUAUGAAUCAAUGUCUAUAGACGCGUACAAACUGAUCAUACUGGGCCUUGUGGUAUUUCUCUAUGUUUGAAAUUCGUUUCAUGUAAUUCUUUUGAAAAUGUAUUGGAUGAUCUGGUGCACUGAAUAUACAGCAUGUCUACAGAA